AUGGGAGACAAAAAAUUGGACCAAAAGCGAAAGCUCUUUCUCAAAUCCAAAUUGCUGGACUACGCCAAAAAGCGCGCCGAAGAACUGGCGAAAGACAAGGCCGAAAAGAAGGCUGCCAAGAUUGCUGAGCGACUUCCCCCUCUUCCUGAUAUUUCCACGUUGGAUGAAGACGCAAUUCGACAACUUUGUAGAGAGCUCCAUGCCCAAACCGAUAAGACAGAUGAUAACCGAUACGACCUUGAAAUCAAGAACCAAAAAAUGAACAAGGAAAUCGAUGAGCUUCGAAAACGAGUACAAGAAGUCAAGGAGCGAUUUAAGAAGCCCGCCCUGAAGCGCGUCAGAAUCAGCGCCGACCAGAUGCUCAAGACUCUCCUUGGCGGCAAGGGAAAAGCCCAGCAGAUCGAUAUGCGACAGAAUUUGAAGAAAAAGUAA